AUGCCGUUGCUGUCUGGUGCACGCGGUGGCGGUGGCCGCAGCCGGCGUAGCGGCGAUGGCUUCCUGCUGCCGCGGCAGCCGCCGGUGGUCGUGGACGUGGGCUGCAACUGCCGCCCAGCGAGGGUGCUCAGCUCGCUGUACUCGUCCCUGGCGUCCCGCGUGCGCGGACGAGGCGGCGGCAGCAGGCCCAAGUCGCCGCACGCCGCGUCGUCGUCCUCCACCGCGACGACGGGUUUCACCUCCAGCACCGCGACGCGCGCCACCACCGCCACAACGUUCUCGUCGGUGGACGACUCGUGGGGAGUCGCGACGUACGCCACGAACACACUCUUCGAGGACGACGUGGAGGCUAGGCGGAGGAGACGGUCCACGAGGAGGCGCAGGAGGCGGAGGAGCUGCGGGGGGAGGGGCGUGGCCGUGAUGAUGAUGCGCGGGGAUGAGAAUGAGGAGGAGGCGGCGGCGGUAGCAGUGGAGGUGGAGUCGGCGGCGCCGUACGAGGACUUCCGGGAGUCGAUGGUGGCCAUGGUGGUGGAGAAGGAGAUGUACGCGUGGGAGGACCUCAAUGCGCUGCUCCACGGCUUCCUCUCGCUCAACUCGCCGCGCCAUCAUCCGCUCAUCCUCCACGCCUUCGCCGAUCUCUGGGCCCCGCGCGCCGGUCUCUUCUGCCCUCCCUCACCGUGCCGAGGACUCUAG